AUGCCCGUGGCUACACAGGCCUCCUUGAAGGGUCUGACACCUGAGCAGCUAGAAGACACCAGUUGUCGACUAUGCUUGAACAACACCUAUCACUUGGGCUUGAAGCCAGGUCAAGAGGUGCUGGAUGCUAUUGGAGGAGCUCACAAGCUGCAGGGCUGGAAUCGCAAUAUCUUGACCGAUAGUGGUGGGUUGGUGCUCCUGACCAAUAUCUGCAACUCUUCUGACACAUCUCCUAUGCGCAGCUUUCAAAUGGUAUCGCUUUUGAAGCUGGCCAAGAUUACCGAAGAAGGUGUCCGCUUUCUCUCUCCUCACGAUGGCUCACCCAUGUUGCUCACGCCUGAGCAUUCCAUCUCUUUACAGAACAGUAUCGGUAGCGAUAUCAUGAUGCAGCUUGACGAUGUCAUUCAGACCACCUCUCCCGAUGCUGCUCGAAUGAAGGAGGCAAUGUACAGGUCAAUACGCUGGCUAGACCGAUGCAUGGCUGCUCACAAGAAGCCGGACACUCAGAAUCUUUUCUGCAUCAUUCAAGGCGGUCUCGACCUUGAAAUGCGAAGAGAAUGCUGUAGAGAAAUGGUCAAAAGAGAUACACCAGGCGUUGCAGUUGGUGGCUUGUCUGGCGGAGAAGCGAAGGCCGAUUUCUGCAAGGUUGUCGAUGCUUGUACUGAUUUACUCCCCGAGCUCAAGCCACGAUAUGUGAUGGGGAUCGGCUAUCCUGAAGACAUCGUGGUUGCGGUUGCGCUCGGUGCAGACAUGUUCGAUUGCGUCUGGCCAACGAGAACUGCCCGAUUUGGUAAUGCGAUCACGAAACACGGUGUGCUCAAUUUGAAGCAUGCAAGAUACGCUGAGGACUUCGGACCAGUCGACGAAAGAUGCAGAUGCGUUAUUUGCCGCCCACGAGGUGAGGACAACGGUCUCGGUAUCAGUCGAGCUUACAUCCACCAUUUGGCUGCAAAAGAGACCGUCGGAGCACACCUCUUGACUAUGCACAAUGUUCAUUGGAUGCUUGAUCUAAUGAAACGAGCACGAGCUGCCAUUGUUGAAGAUCAGUAUCCAGCCUUUGCAAGAGAUUUCUUCCGGGACUACUUCCUAGGCAAAGAAGCUCCUGGGUGGGCGAUUGACGCUUUGAGGGUUGUUGGUAUUGAUCUGAAAGAGGAUCAAUGA